AAGAGGGCACUCAAAAGUCAAAAGCAAUAACAAAGUAACACCUACCUCGAUUCCACUGUAAAAAUCAUUUGACUUGCCUCUUCUUCUGCUUGAAUCAGAUGACAGACUAAUUGGAAUUUCAAUCAACAUAGCUCAAUGAUUUCCAAUAAGUAUUUUGGCAUGUCCAUUGGAAUCCAUGUUACUCUAUGAGAUGCUUUUUUUGACUUGCUAUCGUUUUGCGACCUCAGCUUGAACUAAAUGACAAACUAAUUGGAGUUCCAAUUAACUUGGCCAAAUGAUUUUCAAUUAGUAUUUUGGCAUUUUCGUUGGAAUACAUGCCACUUUAUGAGAGACAUUGUCUUAAUAAUAGCCUCAUGGAUUUCCUUGCUGGUUAAUUUCUUGUACCAUGUCAUGGUAAGUUAAAUAGUUGGGAUAAAAGUUUUAUUUAGUUUAAUAGGAUAUCAUGUUAAGUUACUUUAAAUUGUGUGUACCUACCCUGUUGAUUAUGUGAUUAUCACAACAUGUUUUGUGUAAUGAUUGGAACACAUGUGAGUAGCCACCAUGAUUUAGGUAGUGAUAUUGUUCCAACUGUACAAGCCUAUAAAACUGAAAGGUGCACAGUGAAGUAAAUGGAAAAAGUGGAUAGGUCACAUAGCAACAGGUGUUGAAUUUUCAAUGCUAAGCAUUAGGCAUCGAGUGUAGCUAUGCAAGAAAUUGCUAACAACACUUAGGCCUGCCUUUCAUUUUAAUUCGAUUUUUCAUAAAUAAAAAAAUUGAGUUUGGCAGCUAGAUGAUAUGCACAAAGGAUUACGUACUUUGUCGGAGUCAUUUUUCUGUUUAUUUGGUCACAGAAAAUACUAAGAAAAUACAAAAACCAAAGCCUUGGAAGCAUUCUGAACCAAUAACAAGUGCAACACUCAUACAGAUGCGUGAUGAAUUCUGGGACACUGCUCCGCAUUAUGGUGGCCAAAAAGAGAUUUGGGAUGCACUCCAUGCUGCAGUCGACGCUGACUUGAGCCUUGCUCAAGCAAUAGUUGACAGUGCCGGUAUUGUUGUUCAAGCGCCUGACUUGACCAUCUGCUAUGAUGAAAGAGGUGCAAAGUACGAAUUACCCAACUAUGUUUUGAGUGAACCAACCAAUUUAAUCCGCGACAGUUGACAGUGAUGAGAUGACUGGAUACAAUUCUUUACAAAGACUGUAAAUUGUGCAAAUUGGUCUCAUAUCAUUUUUUCUAAAUACCUCCAAUUAUUCCAAAAAACAUUAUUGUGAUCACAGAAACAGCUGCUAAGUCAUUAUUGUGGAUUCUCUGAGGAUCUAUCUAAUUGGAAUUGUAGCAUAACACUACUUUACCAUGAAUUACUGUUGGUACAUACCGUGAUUCUGUUGUUUGUG